AUGACGCACUCCAACAUUCCCAUCUUCGUCACCCCCAACGGCACCGUCUACAUCGGCGGCGGCAGCGAUGCCAACUGCACAGUCUCGGUUUGUCCGAUCGAGAUGAGCGUGUACGGCUACCGCCCCUCUCUGGGCGCGAGCGGCGCUCUGAUUGCCCUGUACGGCGUGUGCAUCGUGGCCCAGCUCGUCCUGGGCUUCCGCUACAAGACCUGGGGCUUCAUGAGUCUCAUGCUGCUGGGCUGCGUCGACGAGAUCAUCGGCUACGUGGGCCGUAUUCUCUACUGGCAGAAUCCCUGGGCGCAGGCCGGGUUCAUCAUGCAGAUCGUCCUGAUCACCAUCGGCCCCGUCUUCUUCUCCGCCGCCAUCUACGUGCUGCUCGCGCAGAUCGUCAAGUACAUCUCCAUCCCCUCCUCGCGCUUCGCACCCAAGUACUUCUAUUGGAUCUUCAUCCCAUGCGACAUCGUCAGCCUGGUGCUGCAGGCCGCCGGCGGGGCCAUGUCGUCGUCGUCGAACGGCUCGUCCACAGCGGGGGUGGACGUCGCCCUGGCCGGCCUGGCUUUCCAGGUCUUCACGCUGACGGCGUUUGUGGCCCUGGCGCUCGACUACGCCGUGCGCAGCCGCGGAGUGUGGAUGUCUGUCCGACGGCUCCCCCAACGCUUCGUCGUCUUCGUCGCCUUCCUUUUCGCUGCGACCGUCCUUAUUCUUGUUCGCUGCUGCUACCGCGUCUACGAGCUGAGCGGCGGCUACUCGCGCACCAGUGACGCGUUGAGGGAUCAGACACUGUUCAUUGUCUUUGAGUCUGUGAUGGUCAUCCUCGCCGCCUUCUGCUUGAUCCCUGGCCACCCCGGCUUCGUCUUCAAGACCGGCAACGAGCAGCUGGUCUCGGAGGAGACCCUCGCCGAAAAAGACAUCUCCUCCACCAGUAUCGGAUCUGCCAGUCCUCUCCAGGUCCAAUGA